AUGUUUUUAGCAGCAGUGAACAACUCUUUGGAAGUGAAAUUGCCAGUGCCGUUGUAUCUGUUUUGUUCUGAAAAGCCUUCCUCCAUGUGCCAGAUACCCAGAAUUCCCAGAUAUCCAAAGUCGAAGUUUCCAGAGAUCAUCUUUCCCGACGAAACAAGGUCCAACGCGCGUCGUCUGAUAGUGGAACAGAUGUCGUUCUCCAAGAGUGUUUCUGACUUGAGUCCCAUACUGUCUCUGAUAUCCUCGAACGGCGACUCGUCGUCAUCUUCGUCCUCGGGCUCGUCAUCCUUGUCGCUCUGGUCUUCGCUGGUAGAUUCAGACGAAUCCGGCGAGUCCACCGACUUGUCCUUCGAGUUUCGUCUCACUUGGGGCUCCUCGUCAACAAUGUCUUGCACCAUUUUCGAACAUGUGCCCUGCGGACCACUGAAGGUGAGAUCGUUGAAAGAGUCAAAAUCUGUGCUGGUGAAACUCUCCACAACAUUCAUCAUGUAG